AUGGUGGAAACAAACUAUUUCUUCUUGAGGUUAUGGUAUUGGAUCAUAACAUUCCUCAUCAUCAGACAAUCGACAUUGCCUCAUCUUUCCAAUGCAGACACCGGCAACAACACUGGCACUGACAACAACAACAACAACAACACCGGUUCGACAAUGCCUAAUGUUAAGUUAUUAGUCGAAGAUAAACAGGUGGUGAUUGACAAUGGAAUUUUCCAGCUUACACUAUCAAAACCUAUAGGGAUUGUGAUUGGUCUUCGAUACAAUGGGAUAGAUAAUUUGAUCGAGACUAACAAGAGUCUCUUACAUGGAGGGUUUUGGGACCUUAAUUGGAGUGAACCUAAUGAUAGUCGCAUUAGAGGACAAUUUGAUAAGCUUACAGGAACAAGUUUUGAGGUUAUAGUAGAAACAGAUGAACAGGUGGAAUUAUCAUUUGUGAGAACAUGGGAUGUCUCACAAAAAGGAAAGAUUUCACCACUAAAUGUAGACAAGAGGUUUGUGGUGCUUCGUGGUCAGUCUGGUUUCUAUUCAUAUGGUAUAUUUGAACAUACAAAGGAGAUGCCGGCUUUCUACAUCUUCACAACUAGGAUUGCCUUUCUUCUUAGUGUUAACAAGUUUCACUAUAUGGCAAUGGCGGAUAAUAGGCAAAGAUUUAUGCCGAGUCCUUAUGAUCGCUUACCGGGAAGAGGCGAGCCACUAGAAUAUAAAGAAGCGGUUCGAAUUAUAAAUCCAGUCGAAAAAGAAUUCGAAGGAGAAGUUGAUGACAAAUAUCUAUAUUCGUGUGACGAUAAAGAUAACAAAGUCCAUGGAUGGAUUUCUAUGGACCCUGGUGUCGGAUUCUGGUUAAUCACACCUAGUAAUGAGUUUAGAACUGGUGGACCGUUCAAGCAGGACUUGACGUCACACGUUGGCCCAACUACUCUUGCGAUAUUUGUGACUCCACAUUAUGGUGGAACAGAUCUUGUUGUGAAACUUAAAGAAGGAGAGGAAUGGAAAAAAGUGUAUGGCCCUGUUUUUAUCUACCUCAAUUCUGAUACAAAAGGAGACAUGAACUCGGAAAUCCAAAGUUGGCCCUAUACAUUUCCAGCGUCCAAAGAUUUUCCAAAAUCCUUUCAAAGAGGCUUAGUCAAGGGUAGAUUACUAGUUAAAGAUGCAUACAUGAGCGACACAAACAUUAUUGCUAAAAACGCUUAUGUUGGAUUAACCGCACCUGGGAUUGCUGGUUCUUGGCAAAGAGAAAACAAAGGAUACCAAUUUUGGACAACAACAAAUGAAGAUGGUUCAUUCAUUAUUGAAAAUGUACGUGAAGGAAACUAUAAUCUUUACGCAUCAGUCUCCGGUUUCAUUGGUGACUAUAGAUACGAUACCGCCAUAAACAUAACAGCAGGUGCCGUUGUGGAGGUUCAUGACCUAAUAUAUCAACCUCCAAGAGACGGGCCUACAUUGUGGGAGAUUGGCAUUCCUGAUCGUUCUGCUGCGGAAUUCUUCAUUCCUAACCCUAAUCCUUUAUAUGUAAACAAGCUUUACUUAAAUCACACCGACAAGUUCAGACAAUAUGGGUUGUGGGAAAGAUAUGCGGAAUUGUAUCCCGAUAAUGAUUUAGUUUACACGAUUGGUGUAAGCGAUUACAAGAAAGAUUGGUUCUUUGUUCAAGUAACCAGGAAAAAUGAGGAUAAAUCAUAUAAUGGAACAACGUGGCAAAUCCGAUUUAAACUCGAAAGUGUACAAGAAACGGGUAAUUAUACAUUGCGGUUGGCACUAGCAUCUGCUCAUGUGGCCAAGCUAGAAGUUCGUAUUAACGAAGGAGAUGAAGAGUCAAUGCCAUUGUUAUCGACUGGAGCGAUUGGAAGAGACAAUGCUAUUGCAAGACAUGGGAUCCAUGGGUUAUAUUGGUUGUUUAAUGUGAACAUUACAGCUUCUAUGUUGAUGAAGGGAGAAAACAUAGUUUAUUUGAAACAAGCAGGAAAUGAUAGUCCAUUUAAGGGGAUAAUGUAUGAUUAUAUUCGAUUUGAAGGUCCUCCAAUUCAAGUUUCCUAA